AUGAAGCGGAAGAUGGACGACCUGUCACCCCUGCGGCUCUUGAUCUCCGAUUCCUGUUCCUCGCAAAAGGGCACGCCUCAGUUGCUGGAUGUCGACGAUUCGAGGGAAGACGCUUCGGACACCGGGGAGAUAACGUUAACGACACGUGAAGCGAAAGAUACGCUCGACGAAAGUCAGCAGAGUAUUGCCCGAGAUUUACCUGUAGGCUCUUCAACGGUAUCGAAUCGCGACAUCCAGACUGGUCCUUCCUGGCCCUUCCCUGACACCGCAUCCGACAGUUCCUCCUGGAUAUCCUCCCGUUCUCCUUCGCCAUUUCCGUCUGCCGCCAUCGGCUACGGCGCCAGGCAGAUCUUCGACUGCAACGACCCUUCGAGUCAUGUAUGGCACAGAGCUGAUCUACACCCUCUUGAUGCACGAACAUACCGAGCGGCGAUGGUAUAUCACCAGAUGUAUCAAGAAUAUAUCGACCAUUUCAAAGCAGAAUACCGCGCGAUCCAAGAGCGUAUCGUCAAUGUUGAGAAGGUCCGAGUUGAGCAGAGGGCCAGGUCAGAAGAGGAAAAGAAGCGUGAGGCGGAAGAGAAAGGAUAA